AUGAAGGCCUGUCAUGAAGUCGGUGAAUUGGUGCAUUGGCUAGUUAUGUCAAAAUGACAUACAGGUUCCAAAUAGGACGUUUUCCAAGGCAGCACACUUUUGUCCCUAGCCUGGUUGCGCUCUCUGUUAAGCUAUUACAUUCCACUCGUGCCCACUCUUGUCAUUAGCCAAAGAGACUGGCCUUUCAGAAAUCUUCAAAUAUGAACGUUCUAUCAUUAAUGAGCUCUAGGAGAUCAGAGGAUUUGAUACUGAUUUGAUAACCCUCACAGCUAUCAUCCAAUCAAUGUUUUUGCAAAUUAGACUGAUAGGAAAACGUUCUAACUUAAUUAAUACAUUUGAUUGGAAACAUUCAAACAUUGGGCAUUAUGGUGCUGGAAGAACAGAGGAUUCCUGUUUAUUGCAUUUUUACUAAUGUGAUCACACCACAGAAGCUCUCGCCAUUCAAACUUCUCCGCCAGUUCAUGUGAAUUCCUAUUUUAUAUCCUGCAAAGUGCUUUUUUCCUCAAAUAGAUAUACACUGCUCAAAAAAAUAAAGGGAACACUUAAACAACACAAUGUAACUCCAAGUCAAUCACACUUCUGUGAAAUCAAACUGUCCACUUAGGAAGCAACACUGAUUGACAAUACAUUUCACAUGCUGUUGUAGGUGGAAAUUAUAGGCAAUUAGCAAGACACCCCCAAUAAAGAAGUGGUUCUGCAGGUGGUGACCACAGACCACUUCUCAGUUCCUAUGCUUCCUGGCUGAUGUUUUGGUCACUUUUGAAUGCUGGCGGUGCUUUCACUCUAGUGGUAGCAUGAGACGGAGUCUACAACCCACACAAGUGGCUCAGGUAGUGCAGCUCAUCCAGGAUGGCACAUCAAUGCGAGCUGUGGCAAGAAGGUUUGCUGUGUCUGUCAGCGUAGUGUCCAGAGCAUGGAGGCGCUACCAGGAGACAGGCCAGUACAUCAGGAGACGUGGAGGAGGCCGUAGGAGGGCAACAACCCAGCAGCAGGACUGCUAUCUCCGCCUUUGUGCAAGGAGGAGCAGGAGGAGCACUGCCAGAGCCCUGCAAAAUGACCUCCAGCAGGCCACAAAUGUGCGUGUCUGCUCAAAUGGUCAGAAACAGACUCCAUGAGGGUGGUAUGAGGGCCCGACGUCCACAGGUGGGGGUUGUGCUUACAGCCCAGACGUGACAGAGUCUGGAGACGCCGUGGAGAACGUUCUGCUGCCUGCAACAUCCUCCAGCAUGACCGGUUUGGCGGUGGGUCAGUCAUGGUGUGGGGUGGCAUUUCUUUGGGGGGCCGCACAGCCCUCCAUGUGCUCGCCAGAGGUAGCCUGACUGCCAUUAGGUACCGAGAUGAGAUCCUCAGACCCCUUGUGAGACCAUAUGCUGGUGCGGUUGGCCCUGGGUUCCUCCUAAUGCAAGACAAUGCUAGACCUCAUGUGGCUGGAGUGUGUCAGCAGUUCCUGCAAGAGGAAGGCAUUGAUGCUAUGGACUGGCCCGCCCAUUCCCCAGACCUGAAUCCAAUUGAGCACAUCUUGGGACAUCAUGUCUCGCUCCAUCCACCAACGCCACGUUGCACCACAGACUGUCCAGGAGUUGGCGGAUGCUUUAGUCCAGGUCUGGGAGGAGAUCCCUCAGGAGAACAUCCACCACCUCAUCAGGAGCAUGCCCAGGCGUUGUAGGGAGGUCAUACAGGCACGUGGAGGCCACACACACUACUGAGCCUCAUUUUGACUAGUUUUAAGGACAUUACAUCAAAUUUGGAUCAGCCUGUAGUGUGAUUUUCCACUUUAAUUUUGAGGGUGACUCCAAAUCCAGACCUCCAUGGGUUGAUACAUUUGAUUUCCAUUGAUAAUUUUUGUGAUUUUGUUGUCAGCACAUUCAACUAUGUAAAGAAAAAAGUAUUUAUAAGAUUAUUUCAUUCAUUCAGAUCUAGGGUGUGUUAUUUUAGUGUUCCCUUAAUUUUUUUGAGCAGUGUAUAUUUUUAAUUGCUCAAUAAGUGACCAAACUAUAUUGUAGGGCGGGGAAUUGCCAGGGACCUCACAAUACGAUAUUAUCACAAUACUUCCAUGGUCCAAACAUAGUUCUCACCCAUAUGUCUGCAGCAGAGAGAGGAGAACUAUGAGAGAAGGAGUUUUGAUCAGUCAUGGAAAUAAGUGAUGAAAACAAAUUGGCUCCCUAUUUAAAAAGAUGGAGAACAAGCUAUGAGAGAAAAAUACUGGAGUUUUUGUGCAGGUACAGCUAACUAGUGCAAAAAUAAUAUUGCGAUAUUGUCAAAACAAUACAAUAAAUUGUCAAAUCAUAUCCCAGUAUGGGCUCCCGAGUGGCGCAGCAGUCUAAGGCACUGCAUCUCAGUGCUUGAGGCGUCACUACAGACCCCCUGGUUCGAUUCCAGGCUGUAUCACAACCGGCCGUGAUUGGGAGACCCAUAGGGCGGCGCACAAUUGGCCCAGCGUCGUCCGGGUUUGGCCGGUGUAGGCCAUCAUUGUAAAUAAGAAUUUGUUCUUAACUGACUUGCCUAGUUAAAUAAAGGUAAAAUAAAUAAAUAUGUCACUAUUGAUUUCCCCCUUAGUGUUUUAACUACUUUGUCUAUUUGUUUCAUAUCUGCACUCAUAAUAUCUGUCAGAAAUAUAAAAUUCCCAGUUUACGCUUCAAAACCAACUUUAUGAGGUUUUAAAAAUAGGUUAUAUUUGACUCAAAAUUCCAUAACAUACAGUAAGGCAUUGUUGGCAGAAUAGAUGGAUGCAGUUCAAUGCAUGAUUAAUAUUUAAGCGAUAAUUCCAGAGAAGCCGGUGUUUGAAUGAUAUAUUGGCACAGGUGUUGUUAGGCCCAAGAUGAAGUCGAAAACACCGGCUUCGAGGGCAUUAUCACAUUUAUACAAUGGGUUACCAACAUAUUCAAAUAAUGAUUGACAUAUUUUCAUUCAAAAUGUUAUUUUGAUGGAUUUAUUCAUACUAUUUCAUCCUUCCACGAGAUAUAGGGUUGCUACCCAAGCCGGCUGGUCGUUCGUUCUAUCGGUUUGGUUGCCAGUCGUUAAGUAUUUUUGUUCUGUAUCUAUGGACCCAACCCAGUCGUUCGUUCUAAAUGUUCUAUUGCCAUACCGGCUGGCAACGUUCUUAUCCCUUGCUUGCUAGCUAGCCAACUACGGCCAACUUACAGUCACGUCAAACAGUGCAGCCAUAAUAACAGCAAAGUAGCUGUAUUUGCAUUUGUUUAAGCUGUUUUGUAGUGACAUUUAUUUGGAUACAUCCAUAACAAUGAGCUAAUGAUGCUUGAUUUCACCUGGCAUAGAAAAUGUGCUCUCUAGUCAGGACACUGUUGUUCAGAGGAGCUAUCCAACAACACAGCUAACACAAUCACUUCAAACUGAAGCUGGAAAGACUGCAAACUAGCUGCAUUUAGUUUCAUUUUACCUGUUUUCAAUUGAUUUUUUUGUUGUAUAUAUCCAUAAAGAUUAUACUGAUUCAUGAUUUCGACUGGCUGAGAAAAGCUGCCUGCCUGUCUUUCUCGUCCCGACUCCCGACCCCUACACAUGAAUUGCUAUGGUAUUGAAACAAUGUUGCAAAUGUCAGAGACCGACAGCAAGGUUUAUACAAAUCUACACUAUUGAAAACCAAUUGCUAGUCUAAAAGAAAUGGGGGUAUAAUGUCUAGAAAUAUAGAAUUUUCACAAGUGCCUUACUAUACGUCAUUCCCAAACAUUCUAUGAAUUUAUGAAAUUGUCCACAUGUAAGUGCUUGCUUGUCAGAAAAAGAAGUUUCAUUCUUCCUGGGGGUGAAUAUGAACAGAUUUGAAUAAGAUUUCAUGUUGCUAAAAUGCUGUCAGUUCCACUUUGGUAUUUUGGUAUUUUAUUCGGAUCCCCAUUAGCUGUUGCAAAAGCAGCAGCUACUCUUCCUGGGGUCCACACAAAACAUGAAACAUGACAUAAUACAGAACAUUAAUAGACAAGAACAGCUCAAGGACAGAACUACAUACAUUUUUAAAAAAGGCACACGUAGCCUACAUAUCAAUACAUACACACAAACUAUCUAGGUCAAAUAGGGGAGAGGCGUUGUGCCAUGAGGUGUUGCUUUAUCUGUAUUUUGAAAUCUGUUUUGCUGUUUAUUUGAGCAAUAUGAGAUGGAACGGAGUUCCAUGCAAUGAUGGCUCUAUAUAAACUCAGCAAAAAAAGAAACGUCCCUUAUUCAGGACCCUGUCUUUCAAAGAUAAUUUGUAAAAAUCUAAAUAACUUCACAGAUCUUCAUUGUAAAGGGUUUAAACACUUUCCCAUGCUUGUUCAAUGAACCAUAAACAAUUAAUGAACAUGCACCUGUGGAACGGUCGUUAAGACACUAACAGCUUACAGACGGUAGGCAAUUAAGGUCACAGUUAUGAAAACUUAGGACACUAAAGAGGCCUUUCUACUGACUCUGAAAAACACCAAAAGAAAGAUGCCCAGGGUCCUUGCUCAUCUGCGUGAACGUGCCUUAGGCAUGCUGCUAGGAGGCAUGAGGACUACAGAUGUGGCCAGGGCAAUAAAUUGCAAUGUCCGUACUGUGAGACGCCUAAGACAGCGCUAAAGGGAGACAGGACGAACAGCUGAUCGUCCUCGCAGUGGCAGAUCACGUACAUUUGCACAGGAUCGGUACAUCCGAACAUCACACCUGUGGGACAGGUACAGGAUGGCAACAACAACUGCCGAGUUACACCAGGAACGCACAAUCCCUCCAUCAGUGCUCAGACUGUCCGCAAUAGGCUGAGAGAGGCUGGACUGAGGGCUUGUGGUCCUGUUGUAAGGCAGGUCCUCACCAGACAUCACCGGCAACAACGUUGCCUAUGGGCACAAACCCACCGUCGCUGGACCAGACAGGACUGGCAAAACGUUUUUCAAUUCCUCAUCAAUCCAUGGAGCCUUAACAGUUCUAACAGUCAGUUUCCUAACAGGUGCAUGUUUAUCAAUAAUUGGAAGAAGCAAUUUCAUAAAUUCAUCAAGUGCAGCAUCUGGAUGCUCCUUAUUAAUCACAUCAGACCAACACAUAUUUUUUACAUCAUCCACAUAUGAGUCACAGUAAAAUCUUUUGUAUGAUCUCUUAUACACUAUUUUAGGCCCAGCUGUUGGAACUUUGGCUUUCCUGGAUAUAGCCACUAUAUUGUGAUCACUACAUCCAAUGGGAAGGAUACAGCUUUAGAACAAAGUUCUACAGUAUUAGUAAAAAUGUGAUCGAUACAUUUGGAUGAUCUUGUUCCUGUAGUGUUUGUAAACACCCUGGUAGGUUGAUUAAUAACCUGAACCAGAACACAGGCACUGGUUACAGUAAGAAGCUUCCUCUUGAGCGGACAGCUUGAUGAAAACCAGUCAAUAUUCAGGUCCACAAGAAAGUAGACCUCUCUGUUUACAUCACAUACACAAUCAAGCAUUUCACACAUAUUAUUUAGAUACUGACUGUUCACACUUGGUGGCCUAUAGCAACACCCCAAAAGAAAAGGCUUUAGAUGCGGCAAGUGAACCUGCAACCACACCACUUUAAUAACACUUGAUAUAAGAUCUUCUCUAAGCAUUACAGGGAUAUGGCUCUGAAUAGAUACAGCAACACCUCCCCCAUAAGCAUUUGUGUCUCUUCUAUAGAUGUUAUAUUCUUGUAUUGUUACUGCUGUAUCAUCAAAUGAAUUAUCUACGUGAGUCUCAGAAAUGGCUAAUGUAUGAAUGUUAUCUGAUGUUAGCAAGUUAUUGAUUUCAUGAACCUUAUUUCUAAGGCUACAUAUUAUGGGCUAUUUUCAGCCCUUUCCUGGGUAGCUUAUCAGAGAGAGAAAUAAUACUGAAAAGAGCAAACAAAGCAAGAGAAAAAAAGAUACAUUCAGCAGUCCAUUAAUCAAUUGGUGUGUGUGUGUGCUGCGGGGUUGAUGCUACGAACCUGUAGGCUUGGCGCUCUCAUCCCUUCCAGGCUUCUGGGAGGGAGGGUGGACAGUGAGCCUGUCAUAGUGGAUGUAAGCAAUGUCCCCACGCGCUCUGGCAGCUUUCAUGGCUGGGAUAAGUUCUUUCCUCUUCUGGCGCACAGCUUCAGGAUAGUCCUCGUUGAGAAAGAUAUACGUUCCUCUGAAGUUCUUGGCUCUUUCCAGAACAGCUACCUUGUCCUUGAACCUCAGUAACUUGACCACUAUCGGCCUGGGCCUGUCACCUGGGCCGGUGGUGGGUUUUCCAGUCCUGUGGGCGCGCUCCACCUCAAUCUUCCUGUGGUCCGUCUUCAAUUUCUCAGAGAUCAUUUCCCUCACUUUGUCCUCAGACUCCGUCCAGGUCUCAUGUGGAGAUUCUGCAAUUCCGUCCACAACCAUGUUGUUACACCUUGAUUUAUCCGUCAUUGCUAUCAUGGAUUCACAGACAGAACUGAUGUCCUCUCUCAACUUUAUUUAACCAGGUAAGCCAGUUGAGAACAAGUUCUCAUUUACAACUGCGACCUGGCCAAGAUAAAGCAAAGCAGUGCGAUUAAAAACAACAGCACAGUUACAUAUGGGGUAAACAAAACAAAGUCAAAAAUACAACAGAAAAUAUAUAUACAGUGUGUGCGAAUGUAGUAAGUUAAGGAGGUAAGGCAAUAAAUAGGCCAUAGUGCAAAAUAGUUACAAUUUCGUAUUAACACUGGAAUGAUAGAUGUGCAAAAGAUGAUGUGCAAAUAGAGAUACUGGGGUGCAAAUUAGCAAAAUAAAUAACAAUAUGGGGAUGAGGUAGUUGGGUGGGCUAAUUUCAGAAUGGCUGUGUACAGGUGCAGUGAUCGGUAAGCUGCUCUGACAACUGACGCUUAAUGACUUACAGAUUGCUGUAAUCUUGCUGUUCUCCUGUUUCAACUCAUCGAGCUGACCCUGGGAGAACUGCAAACUGUUCUUUAGGUCCUGGACCUCUCUGGUCAGGUCGUCCAUUAUUUUAUUAGUCAAAUCCACCAGUAUUUGGACAAAGCACUUGAAGCUAUUUUAUUGUUGUUGUAAACUGCUUGUAGAACUCUUUUUGUUAGUUUAAAAUAUCCUUCACAUGUGAUAGACAACACUAUCCUCGACAACGGUACUCCUGCCAGCUUUGGUCUUUGUCAUGGUAGCUAGCAACGUAGGUUACGCUGUUACUCCUCGCAGUUCCAGACAGGGCAGGUCACAGGGAAGAUUGAAAACAACAAACAGCAGGGAUCUAGACAGCCACAAACCCGGGACAAUCCACGGUCCCAGCCACAAUGGCUAACCGCGUCGCGGGCUGCGUUCAAGCCCUCAAGAAAACCCUGCUAGCUUGAUAUGCUGCUAGCUAGCAGCUAGGCUAGCUGCAAUGCCAAAUAGCUCCUCAGACCGGUCCUUGGUUGGCAGAAUCACUGGACAGAGGCUAGCAAUCCCAGCAACUGAUGCCCACUGUGUCGCGGGAUCCAAACUAAAAAGUUAGCUAGCUACUAAGAACUUACCAAUACACUUUCAAAACAACAAAUCCGAGCUCUUCCUCGUUCCGCGUUCAACAGGAAGUGACGUAGUGAUAGGAGACUCGAUAAUUAUUCAACUGGACUGGAACCUGUCAACCACCCCAUUUACUCUGUUAAACCUACUCUUUGAAAUAUCAAAGCUAAGCAGGGCUGGGCUCAGUUAAAAAGAGAGGAGGGACAAAUAAUAUAACUGAAAUGAGCAUAACAACAUUUUCUAAUGUAUGCAAGUCAUGAUAAUCAGCAUAUGUGCGAGGAAUGACAACGGGUGCCAGUUUUACAUUACAUUGCUCAUUAAUGAAACUGAAGCAAACGUAGCUCAAUUUUAAUCUUGUAGGCUAAUAUUUUCCGUAUCAUUAUUUCUCUCAUUAUGGAGUCCUCUAGCCACUUUGAACAACAUGGUCUUGCAUUGACACUGCCUUCUCACAAGGGAAUGACUGCAGCAGGUCGAAACGGUAUUCACCCAGUCGGUAUUAGAUAGAACGUUGCGACCCUGCCCACCUGUGGGGAAAUCAACCUGUUGUUACCUAGGUUACCCCAUUGGCUCACAGCAAAAACUUUUUAAAAUGCAAUUUUUCUUGUUAUCUAUUUGUUUUAGUCAAUUACAAAACUACAUUUAAGAAAAGUACAUGUCUAAAGAUUACUUUUAAACAUUGCCUGCUCCCUAGCGUUCUCACUACUUAGAAAAACGUAAUAUUGUAAUAUCUCUCAUUCCCCUUUUCAUGACGAUGCUGGCAGCCACUUGAGUGAGUGAAUGCUAGCUAGCUACCGACCGGAACAUUAAGCUAGACCAACAACACAAACGGACUAUACAGCUACAAGUAGUAAGUGGAGUUACAAACGGACUGUACUAAAUAAUUUAAAUGUCUUACCUGUGAUGAUAUGUUUGCCACACACAUAGCUACAUGUAGCCUACUUGGACACCGCGUCCCCACAUUUCCCACACCGAAUAGUCUGAAGCCACAGGGCUCUUCUCGCAGGCUCUAUUUCCCUACAUGGGAGUAUUGCGAACCGUAGCUCGGGAUUUUUGACUUGGCUACAUGUGCAUUGAACAACACAGCAGCUUUUAGGCAUGUUUAGUUAUUUAAGUAUAGCAAAAAAUCGCAGAAGUUGCCUCUUAUAAUGGGGGUCAUUAGGAAAGAAUGUUGUUUUCCCCCAAUUUGUGGGCGUGGUCGAGGGGAAUUCCUUAUUACGUGAAUAUGACUGAGACUGUUGGUUUGUUCUUUUUUUAGAAUUCAAAUUCUAUAUUGCACCAAAUUUGCGCGCUCCCCAUGUCCCAUAACGUUGUCAUGGAAAAUAUUAAUGUUUCCAUCUACCAAUCAUCAACUGUGCCGUAAAUCUGGCUGCAUAUUGAACAUUGAGAUUGUCCAAAGGCAGGAGUGGCAGGGAGUGGAAUGUUCGCUUAAAAGACUGGUACAUAAAUUACCUUUUAUCCAGAGUCCAGACGGGCAUUGCAUAGGGGCAAUUCCACAGUAGGAGUGACACUGAGACUCUGAUUUUUCACAAAAACCAAUGAUUGCAAAGUUUAAAAAAACAUAACUCUAUACACAAGGACUACUUUUAACAAUUUCCAGUGAAAAUUGUACAAAAACUUGAACAGUGCAGAGGCAAAGUUUGGUAACAGACUGACGGCACACACAGCACAGAUACCAGGGGUGUGACAGACACCAGGGGUGUAAUCAUUAGUCAUUCCAAACAGUUGCAAAACAUUUGAACUAUAACAAGAUUUUCUAUUGUACAAAUUCAGGUAGGUCCCUCCCCGUUUCCUUUGCUUCAAUUUUUAAGAAACAUUUUGCAACAGAAUUGUGGAAAUGAAUGCACCCCUGGGGCCUCAUUUAUAAAUGUUGCGUACGCACAAAAUAAAUAUAAUAACAACAUGCAAUAAUUUGCUGUUAGUGAGAAGAGCGCAAAUCUAUUAUCUUUACAUUCAUUCUAAAAUGAUUUAAUCUAUUUCCUAUUUAUUUAUUUAUUUUCCAUGCUCAUUUCAGAAUAAAUUCCUCACCUUUUCUGACUGUGAUGGUUUAAACUCGUGAAAUAGCCUAUCGGCCUACAACAAGUUUAGGAUAGGCUACCAUUCGUCCCAUCUCUCAUUUAAUUGGACCCACUUCACAGCAGUAAAUAGAUAAGCUACCGGUAUUUAAAGUAUUUUGCUCUAUGCGAUCCGAAGCACAGUUUAACGGUAAAACAGAAGGUUCACCUUUUCCAUUGACGUUUGUAGGCUACGUCUGAAUACUGUUCUGUCAAAUUUCUUGAGUAGCCUAGACAAUAUUUAAUUUUUAAACAUAAUUCAUAUAGUAUUACCAUUGCACCUUUUCUAGCCAUACAACAAAUUAGCAUGCACAUCUCUCAUUUAAUUGGGCCUAUUAGAUAGACUAUUAUAAUUUCACGUUUUUGCUCUAUGCAUCUGAAAGGGAGUGCGGUUUAUAACAUACACUAUUUAACAGGUGAACAGAGUAUAGGCCUACUAUAGUUUUCAUUAUUUAUUUUUUAGAGUAGACAAUGUUUUCGUGGGCAGUGCAACAUAUUUAGGUUCAGGAGAAAGUAAAUGCAAAACAUUAUUGAAUUCAAAUUAUAUGUUUACAGGUUCACAGCAAUUUGCAAGUUUUUGUGUUUCAGAAACGGUCAGAUAUAGCAAAUGUCACUGCCAAAAAAUAUUAAUCUAUUAAUUAACACCUCCAAAGACAUUUAAUCAAGUUCGCUAUUGAUAUUUCCUUUAGAUAUACCGUCUUGGCCUAAUUCCAAUACUUCCAAAGUAUACAGCAAAAAGGGGGGUUAUAAUGCUCGUUCAAGCGUGCACAGUUUUAUGACAGGUCUGAUUUUAUAAUGGAAAACAUGCAUAUGUAGUCUCUUCAGGAAUAGCGCACGCAGAUAUUUAGUAUAAAAUGUGUGCAACGGUUAUAAAUGAGGCCCCUGGCCUCUGAAAGCCACUGGAGUAGUGUAGCAAGGGGUGUAAUUCAUUUAGUACCAUAUUCCAUCAGUGCUUGAUUGUCAUCAAAGGAUGGGAAGUCACCUGCUGUUGUCGUCAUCAUCAAAGAGCAAGGGCAUAUUCUCAAUUUGAAAAUUUGGAGAAUCCAGACAAUUGAAUGACCGAUCCGUACAGAAGAUCUGUUCUCAUAAAUGUUAAAUGUUGACUGUAUGUGAGCAAUGAACAGCAGCAUAGCCUAACUUUUUCCUUUUUCAGUUCCUGCACUUUGUAUCAGUUUUGUCAGUUGCCUAAGGAGUGAUAGGCCUAUGUGAUAAAUGCCUUGGCUUUAAUACAGUGGUGAAAUUGUCUGAUUUAAAAGCAACAGUAACAAAGUGAAGGUGGUGGUUAUAGCAGUUUCGAUAACGCCUGUCUGAAGGAGGAAGUUAUAAUAAUAAUAUAAUAUGCCAUUUAGCAGACGCUUUUAUCCAAAGCGACUUAGUCAUGUGUGUAUCAGUACAGUUAGCACAGCAAUACACCACAUGAUAUGAUGACAAAGGGCACAAAGGGGCAGGUUGAGGACAGUGUGGUGUUUUAUUUUAAAUGAUUUUAUUUUCACUUUGUCUACGCGCUCUGUUUAUGUUCUCCAGAUCAUCUCUUUUGUCUGUUCUUCUGCUCUAUAGGCCUGGUUAGUUUAUUGCAUUGUCAUAUAAAGGUCUGUAGCCCAGGCAACAAAUGGAAAAGAAUACGUACAAAUGCAUAAGAGCCGACAAGAUGGGGCACUAUUAUUCAGUGCCAGCCAGGUACACACACACUGGCAUUCCUUAAUGACUUGCUACUGACUUACGGUGGGUUUUUCAAAAUUCCUCUUGGUUGGCAUUUGUGGAUUAAUGUCAGUGCCAAAUACAUGCUGAUGAGUGUCAAGCAGCCUAGGAUCAGACUGUACUUUCUCUCUCUCUGGUCGUAGGCCUACUCCACUAGACCACACUAUCGGGCAUGCAAUUAGCCUAUAUGUUGACGUUCAAUCUUCACCCUUGUUUUACAGGUGUGAGCUGUGACGCAUGUUUAAAAGGGAACUUCAGAGGGCGCCGGUACAAGUGUUUAAUUUGCUACGACUACGACCUGUGUGCGUCGUGCUACGAGAGCGGAGCCACCACAACGAGACACACGACAGAACACGCCAUGCAGUGUAUAUUAACCAGGGUAGACUUUGGUAAGGAUUAAACAUUUUACAUUAUAACAGGAGUUUUUCCUGACCACGUGGUCCAAGCAGGGCUUGGAGUUCUUCCUGGUCAGGUGGUCAGGAAAAACACUUCGCUCUAAUUGGUAUUCAUUUGAUUUCAGUGUAUUUUAUAUAAAACGUUUCGUGUUAUGGUGAUGAUAACAGUGAUUCUAAAGAUGGAUUGUUUUCUUUGCAGACCUGUAUUACGGCGGUGAGGCGUUCUCAGUAGAGCAGCCCCAGAGCUUUUCCUGUCCUUACUGUGGUAAAAUGGGCUACACAGAGACAUCCCUACAGGAGCAUGUCACCUCAGAGCAUGCAGAGACCUCUACAGAGGUGGUGAGUGGACACAUCAUCCUAGUGUUUCAUCUAGCUUUACUAAGAUGGGAAGACCGGUCCCCCAGUCUAGCUCUGUUGCCCUUUUGCUUAAAAAAAUGUGUCCUCCAUUGGUUUCAAUAGAAUGUUUUGGUGUUUACUGUAGCUCAAUUGGUAGAGCAUGGCGCUUGUAACGCCAGGGUAGUGGGUUUGAUCCCCGGGACCACCCAUACGUAAAAAUGUAUGCACACAUGACUGUAAGUCGCUUUGGAUAAAAGCAUCUGCUAAAUGGCAUAUUAUAUUACAUCCUCUAUAAAACUCUAUGGGAAAGAUUGUAUCCAAUGACAUCUCAUACAUCCAGCUUAGAUUCCAGGGCUCGUGGACGCAUUAACACAAUUCUCAAAUGAUUAUUUUACAACUGACGCUUGCCAAUAACUUAAAAUAACUUGAGUGGUCAGUGGAAUAUAUCCAGAGGGUGCUUACGGCUUGCUUCAUUUCAGAUCUGUCCAAUAUGUGCUGCGUUGCCGGGCGGGGACCCCAAUCAUGUGACCGACGACUUUGCUGCUCAUCUCACACUUGAACACAGAGCACCUAGAGAUUUAAUAUCUUUUUAAUGCAGCUCUACUCUGUCUGUGUGUGUGUACGCUCUGCUUGUGUGUCUGCAUCUGUUUGUUUUUGUGUGUGUGUGCUUCUGCGUGUGUGUGUGUGUGUGUGUGUGUGUACACCUUUGUGGCUGGGUCUGUGUGUAUUAUUUAUGAUUAUUCCAAGUACUUGCGAACCCUUUGAACUCUGCUCCUUAACCUGCCUUGUUUACGAUGAGUCCAGCGGCGUCCGGCAUGUGCGUCGGAUGUUCCACCCCGGUCGCGGGCUGGGCGGUCCCAGGGCACGCAGGACCAACAUGCACUUUACUAGCAGCUCCACCGGGGGGCUCUCCUCCUCACAGAGCUCCUCGUACUCACCCAGUAACAGGGAAGCCAUGGACCCCAUAGCAGGUGAGCAGUGCACCUGGUCUGACCAGUCUCUGUCUGUAUAGUUAACUACAAGCAGAGAUGGAUAGAGAAUCUGGUUGUCUGGUCUUUACCCUCUGAUCUGUGUUCACUCCUGCUGGAUUUUAUUCACCAGUCUGUACUGGAGUCACUUGAAUAUUCACUUCAGUGGUUCUUUUAUCUUUCCAUGAGACAUAACGGCUAUGGCUUUGAUCUCGUAUGAAGUAUAACCUGCAGUCAUAGUGACAUGCCUCUUUUCUGUGACAAUCUUACUGUAUCACAUUCACCUGUCUCUACUGGAGCCUAGUUUUGAACUAUUAAUCUCACUAGAAGAAACUCAAACACUCUUCUUCAUCUCUCUCUCGUCUCUCCUCCCACAGAGCUGUUGUCUCAGCUGUCGGGCGUGCGGCGCUCGGCGGGCGGCCAGCUCAACUCGUCAGGCCCGUCCGCAUCUCAGCUGCAGCAGUUACAGAUGCAGUUGCAGCUGGAGCGCCAGCAGGCCCAGGCGGCCCGGCAACAGCUGGAGACAGCCAGGAACACCACGCGACGCUCCAACCCCGGCGGCAACAUCAGCGCCACCAUCCCCCCGCCCAGCGCCGUCGCCAACUCGGCCGGCGUGGCCGAGAGCAACCCCAUGGCCUCCCACAGCUCCCAGUUCCUGCUCACACGGUGAGUUGGUCGAUCUCUCUGAGGUGUACAUGUGAACAAAGCCUUUUAUUUACUUCACUAUAUUCGAAAUUGAAGGCUCUGCGCACACAGACACACACACACUGUUUGCUGUUACUGCUAUCAGGCCCCAAUUGUUGAAUGCCCCGAAUGGCAGGAUCUGCCCCCCCCCCCCCCCCCCCCUGCAUGGUAUCUCCCACAGUCUCUCCCUCUUGUUCUCUCCCCACGAAUAGACUCACAGGUCUCCCCUCCUCCUACCUUUUUCGAUACUACAACAUGAAAAACAGUUUGGUACUAGAAUUUUGUUCGUUGCGGUUCUUCUAUCAAAUGUCUCACGUUUGGAAGUCAACUAAAUAUAUUGAACUUAUUAGAACAUUUAUACAUUUUCACAAGAGUUUAUCAUAAGACAUGGACAGAAUGCAUCAGUGAUUCGUAUUCCCUGCAACCUUCUAAAGAAGCAACGGCAUGGGAAUGCCCGUCUGUGUGUGGUGCGCAUCUACCACUUUGUGUAGCCAUUAGCGUUACCUAAUAAAUCAGACUGUAAUACCAAAUCUUGGUAUAAAGCCUGCAACAAAGCACAGCAAAAACUUGGAAAGUGUCCUUACAAGCCAGAAUGUUGAAUAAGUUUGACUGAUCAAACUUGAUUUUUAAUGCUCUCUCUUGUCUCUCUGCAGCAAACCUAUAAUGAGGAAUAUGUUUGGAACAUCAAAUCGCAAUAAAACCGCAAUACAUAUAGAAUCGUGAAAAUCGCAAUACAUACCUAAGUAUCGUGAUAAUAUCGUAGCGUGAGGUCCCUGCCAAUUCCCAGCCCUAUUAAACACCUGCAAGACUUCGGUUUGUAUGCAUGCAUCGGAUGUAUAGUGCAUUCGGAAAGUAUUCAGACCCCUUGACAUCAAUCUAAACACAAUACUAUAACGACAAAUCGAAAACAUUUUAGACAUUUUUGCAAAUAUAUAAAAAAUUGAAAUACCUUAAUUACAUAAGUAUUCAGACCCUUUGCUAUGAGACUUGAAAUUGAGCUCAGGUGCAUCCUGUUUCCAUUGAUCAUCCUUGAGAUGUUUCUACAACUUCAUUGGAGUCUACCUGUGGUAAAUUAAAUUGAUUGGACAUGAUUUGGAAAGGCACACAACUGUCUAUAUAAGGUCCCACCAUUGACAGCGCAUGUCAGAGCAAAAACCAAGCCAUGAUGUCGAAGGAAUUGUCCGUAGAGCGCCGAGACAGGUUUGCGUCGAGGCAUAGAUCUGGGGAAGGGUACCAAAACAUUUGUACAGCAUUGAAGGUCCCCAAGAACACAGUGGCCUCCAUCAUUCUUAAAUGGAAGAAGUUUGGAACCACCCAGACUUUUCCUAGAUCUGGCCGCCCGGCCAAACUGAGCAAUCGGGGGAGAAGGGCCUUGGUCAGGGAGGUGACCAAGAACCCAAUAGCCACUCUGAGAGCGCUCCAGAGUUCCUCUGUGGAGAUGGUAGAACCUUCCAGAAGGACAACCAUCUCUGCAGCACUCCACCAAUCAGGCCUUUAUGGUAGAGGGGCCAGACGGAAGCCACUCCUCAGUAAAAGGCACAUGACAGCCCGCUUGGAGUUUGCCAAAAGGCACCUAAAGACUCUCAGAUCAUGAGAAACAAGAUUCUUUGGUCUGAUGAAACCAAGAUUGAACCCUUUGGCCUGAAUGCCAAGCGUCACUUCUGGAGGAAACCUGGCACCAUCCCUAUGGUGAAGCAUGAUGGUGGCAGCAUCAUGCUGUGGGGAUGUUUUUCAGCAGCAGGGACUGGGAGACUAGUCAGGAUCUAGGGAAAGAUGAACGGAGCAAAGUACAGAGAGAUCCUUGAUGAAAACCUGUUCCAAAGCGCUCAGGACCUCAGACUGGGGCGAAGGUUCACCUUCCAACAGGACAAUGACCCUACGCACACAGCCAAUGCAACGCAGGAGUGGCUUCCGGACAAGUCUCUGAAUGUCCUUGAGUUGGCCCAGCCAGAGCUCGGACUUGAACACCGAUCUAACAUCUCUGGAGAGACCUGAAAAUAGCUGUGCAGCGACGCCCCCCUCCAACCUGACAGAGCUUGAGAGGAUCUGCAGAGAAGAAUGGGAGAAACUCCCCAGAUACAGGUGUGCCAAGCUUGUAGCGUCAUACCCAAAAAGACUCAAGGCUGUAAUUGCUGCCAAAAGUGCUUCAACAAAGUACUAGUAAAAGGUCUGAAUACUUAUGUAAUGUGAUAUUUUUUUAUUUUAAAGUCAGUUUAAUAAUACUUUCCUGUGGAUAUUUUGUCUCCAAUGUUGACCCACUGAAGGACCAACACCACGGACAAUCGGCGGAGUAAAUUCAAAUAUAAUUUUAUUCAACAUUCGUGACAGACGACACGUUUUCGGGUUUUUUCUAUGUAAAUGAGUGUGCACAAUUGGGACUACCCAGUGGCCAUUUGUUUUGCAAACUCCAUCAUAGGGUCAAACAGUAACUUAUUUUCUCACUGGCCAAAAAUCGAAUGGCCAGAACAGAAUUUCUAAUGGCCUGGACAUGGUGUAAUUUUUGAUGCAGGGCCUAUAGCGCGUGUCAAACUCAUUCCACGGAGGGCUGUGUGUAUGCGGGUUUUCGCUCCACCCUUGCACUUGAUUGAUGAAUUAAGGUCACUAAUUAGUAAGGAGCUCCCCUCACCUGGUUGUCUAGGUCUUAAUUGAAAGGAAAGAAUGAGUUUGACACCCCUGGCCUAUAGGUUGGCAUGCUUUUCGCUAUAAUUUAUUUAUUAUUAUUAAUAGGCUAUAUUUGGUUAUUAUAUGUAUUAAAAAGCUGUGUAAUAUAAUUUAGAAAUGCAAGUCAUUACUCUAUUCUUCAGAAUUGCAUUAUAUUAAUUAUUCAUUUUUGUUUCUGAAGUAUGCCAUUUUGAGAGAAAUUCUACAACUUAAAAUAGGACGCUGCCUCUUUAAAGGGUCAGACACACCGAGAAUUCUUAAUAUCAAUAGGUACUUAGCACCUCUGCCCAGUGUCGGCAGUUAAUGUUUUGUUGUUCACACAGCCGUUUAACCACAGAUUAAAUAAAUACUCCAGACCACAAGGUGUCAGUAGCUUGUUUGGUAUUGUGCCAGCAGUAGAUAACUGUUAGCUAGCUAACUAGCAAGCUGCACAAAUGUUGUUGCUAGUUAGCUAGAAUUUGUAGUAAGCCCUUGUUGAUACUAGCCAGAUGGCCACAACUAUACUGAACAAAAAUAUAAAUGCAACAUGUAAAGUGUUGGUCCCAUUUUUCAUGAGCUGAAAUAAAAGAUCCCAGAAAAUUUCCAUAUGCACAAAAAGCUUAUUUCUCUCAAAUGUUGUGCACAAAUUUGUUUAAAUGUCUGUUAGUGAUCAUUUCUCAUUCUCAUUUGCCAGGUGUGGCAUAUUAAACAGCAUGAUAUCAUUACACAGGUGCACCUUGUGCUGUGCAGUUUUGUCAUACAACACAAUGCCACAGAUGUCUCAAGUUUAGAGGGAACUUGCAAUUGGCUUGCUGACUGCAGGAAUGUCCAACAAUUAAUGUAAUGUUAAAUUCUCUACUAUAAGCUGCCUCCAAUGUUAUUUUAGAGAAUUUGGCAGUACAUCCAACUGGCCUCACAACCGCAGACCAUGUGUAACCCCGCCAGCCCAGGACCUCCACGUCUGGCUUAUUCACCUGCGGGAUCGUCUGGGGAAGGGGGGUGCUCAGGAGUAUUUCUGUCUGUAAUAAAGCCCUUUUGUGGGGGAAACUAAUUCUGAUUGGCUGGGCCUGGCUCCCCAGUUGGGUGGACCAGGUUCCCAAGUGGGUGGGCCUAUGCCCACCCAUGGCUGCGCCCCUGCCCAGUCAUGUGAAAUUAGGGCCUAAUUUAUUUAUUUCAAUUGACUGAAUUCCUUCUAUGAACUGUAACUCAGUAAAAUCUUUGACAUUGUAGCGUGUUCGUGUUUAUUUUUGUUAAACGUAGAUAACUAGCGUAGCUAGCUAGCACCAUUAUAAUUAAAUCACAAUGAAUUCAUUUUUUUAUGAAGCAGCCAAGAGUCAGUGGAGAAGCGAGCUAGCUAUGUUGUGCUACUGCAUAUGGCGACGCUAACCGUUAAGCUAACGUUAGCUAGCAAGCGAACUGGCAGUUAAAACAAUUCUGAUGAAAAGGGGGUGAGUUACACCAGUAAAAUUGCCCUCUUUUUCCAUUUUUCUUGUCACUCCUGUCGGCUCCCCCACGUGGAGGUUCAUGCUCUCUGAUUAGCUCAAAGUCAAGUUGUCGGCCACUACCGAUCAUUGCGAUUCUUUAAGUAAUGCUGGGCAUACACUAUACGACUUUUAACAAUUUAAAAACUUGGACGAGCUCACAUUUCCUUGUCCUAAAUGUUUAAUUCCGUCCAUCCUCAACCCCAGGACGUGGGUGCUCACAUUACACAAUGAUUCCCUAGUUGAUCCUGCCCUGCAUUUCUCGGUAGUCGUAGGAAAAAAAUGCAGACAUGCAAACAGUGAGUUGCUUUAUUACUGUGCACAUUAUUAUUUGCAGAAACGUCAACAAAUUUACGGAGGACAGAAUAUGGACUUCAUUUCAUAUAUCAUUAUUAUUUCAUAUUAUCUUUUUGGUUUUUGUCAGUAGUCCGCAGAUGUACUAUUGGUGGAGUUCGUUUUGCAUGGCUCGGUGCCCCGGGUGCGUGGAGAUUUCACUUAAGGACCAAUGGAAUGAUCUAAAAUGAGCAAACUCCGUCCAUCCGGGGCACCGGACCAUGUAAAACUAACUUGCCCAUUGAAAAGGCAGCAGCGUUCUCUCCACAGCUCCACCAAUCGGUCUUCCAUCACCUUGGUCCACAUGGUACGUGUUGUUGCUUUCCUCAAAAUGUCUUAGAUUUUUCCCAGACCUAAAAAGCAUUGUUGUGGACUUCGAACAUCCAAUUUUGUUGUUUUUCUAUAAAAAAAAGUUUGGAAAAAUCUGUUGUUCUCCCCGCUUUCUUUUUUGUCGUGGGAUCGAGUAUUGUGAUGCUAACCCUGGUAUCGAAGUCUAAAUUCUGCUAUCAUGACAACACUACUGCAUUUCCACUUCCUCCAUGUAGUCCCUGCCUCUGCUCUGUGUUAACCAGUUCCCCUCCUCUUUGUCCUGCUACAGGUUAAACGAGCCCAAGAUGUCGGAGGCGGAGCGGCAGGUGCUGGAGGGCGAGCGCGCUGACCGCAGCCUGUUUGUCCAGGAGCUGCUGCUGAGCACGCUGAUGCGCGAGGAGAGCUCUUCCUCGGAUGAGGAAGAGCGCCGAGAUUUCGCCAGCUUUGGGGCCAUGGGCUGCGUGGAUAUCAUGCCUUUAGACGUGGCCCUGGAGAAUCUCAACCUCAAGGAGAGCGGCACAGGCGGUUACGGCAGCAGCUCGAGGAGCUCUAAGGAGCCUCCACCGCCUCCUCUUUGAUGAUAUCCCAGCACCACACAGACUUUGUCCUCUGUGCUGCCACUGCCAGUGAUGGGCGGGCAGGGCAGCAGGCUGUUUUUUGGUUUGUUUUUUGGUGAUUGUAAUUUCAGGUCUGUCACCUUUGUUACGUUGUGUACAACCAUAAAAAAGGAGAGUGGGAGCGAUUGGGGAAAGUGCAAGUGGAUGAGUGCGCAGCGCUGAGCGAGUGAUUGAGAGAAAAUAAAUAUAUAUAAAUAUAUAUAAAAAGUUGAUAAUCACAUAAUUUUUCUUUAGCAGGUCAGCAUUAGGUAGUCGUGGCAGACCUCUGCUUCCUGUUCUCAUGCAAAAGGCUCCUUAUAAAUACUCCACAUUCAAAAACUGAAGAGGAAUCAGACACCCUCUGAUGAAGCUGCUGUGUGUAUUUGACAUAACUAAUAAAGUGCUUGAAUGGUUUACCAUAACUACUGCAUGAGGUUCUUUGCAGCGUGCAUGACUUUUAAUGACCUUACAGUCAUUAAAAAGCAAAAAAAUAAAUAUCCCAAAGCUUUUUCUCUUCAACCAUUUUAAAGGGUUACAUGAUCGAGUUUUUCCGAAAAAUUGAAUAUCCCAAAAAACUGACAUGCUGAAAAGUUUAGGAACUUUUACAACUUUUUUUAUUUUUAAUAGAAAAAAGCAACAUAUUGGUAUCUGCUGUAGC